AUGCAAUUCUCUACUGUCGCUUCUGUCGCUGCCAUCGCCGCUGUUGCCUCUGCUGCCGCUAACGUCACCACCUCGACUGCUCACAAGGAGUCUACCACUUUGGUUACCAUCACUUCUUGUAAAGACCACGUCUGUUCCGAGACCGUUUCCCCAGCUUUGGUUUCCACUGCUACUGUCACCGUCAGCGACGUUGUCACCCAAUACACCACCUGGUGUCCAUUGGAGACUACCACUGCUGCUCCAGAGUCUCACGCUAACACUACCACUGCUACCACUCAAACUGGUGAAACCACCUCUCACGAGAUCACCUCUUCUUACACUGGUGGUGCUGCUGCUAAGGCUUUGCCAGCUGCUGGUGCUUUGUUUGCCGGUGCUGCUGCUCUAUUGUUGUAA